AUGAUUGAUUCUUAAAGUGAAGUAGAAUAUGCUGAAAUAGGAUUUCAAACUGAUGAAAACAGUAUUGAUCAAUAUGAUUAACUCGAAUCUUACUUUAAUCCUACUUAUUACUUAAACUAAGAGUUUCUUUUAAAUGAGCUAUUUUCAGAUUCUAAUGAAGUAAACGAAACAAAAAAUAACCCUAAGAUUCACUCUCAUAGCUUGGGAAAUUUAGAAGAUUUUUAAUCAAUUUAAGUGCAAGGCCGUCCAUAAACUUUUAAUUUUUAAAUGCUUGAUAAGUACGCAGAAGUAAACUAACAAGCUAAAAAACAAACAAUGAAUAUAGGGUAGUUAUAUAUGCAAUAGUUGGAAAAAUAAGCUUAGACAUUAAAAAAAAUAGAAUUAAAAUUUGCUGUAAAUAAUGAUGAGAGUUAAUUUAAUCUAAAAAAAGGUUAAAGCAUGGGGAAAAUACCUAUAAAAACAAGUUUGCUAGAAUUAGAUACUUCUUCUUAACCACAAGCUAACUAGGAAUUGAAAAGAGCAAGUUGCUAAAAUUAUUUUUUAGACUAUAAAAGCAAUAGUAGUAUAAGAUUUUAUGGUAGAAAUGAUGAAAAUAUGAGCUAAAAAUACAAUUCUUAAUAACUUUGUUAAACUAAUACAUUUAAUGAACAUGCAUAUAUUAAAUAGAAAUAUAAAGGGAUAAGCUAACAUUCUGCUAAUAAUUUAGCUUAUUAAGAAGAAAAUACUACUAAAUCUCCAAACAAGAAACAAAUAGUGAUUUCGAAAAAUAUAAGAGCAAUGUCUUCUAAUUAAUAAUUUAGAUAAAGCUUUCAUUAUAUUAAGUAAGAAGAUACAAAUAGUCUAUAAUAAAACACCAAUAAUUAACUUAGUAUGCUCAAAAGCAUGUUUUCAGAUUUUCAAUAAGAAAUUAAAUAAAGAGAAAUAAAUACAGCCAUUGAUUUAAAUAAUUUGCAAGAACAAAAGGCAGAACAGCCAAACAAACCUAUUAAUCUAACAAAUAUAUUAAAUUUGCAAAAUUAAUUAAAAUAAAAUCAAAAAUCGAUUACUGUUUCUCGGAUACCAAUCUAAUAGUAAUAAAAAUAGAAGGAGAUAGUUAGAUAAAGACAAAUUCAUUCUUCUAAAAAAUAAUCUUUUGGAAAGUUAAUUUAAUAAUAAAUUGAUAGCAAAUUUUAACAAAAUCUGACAUCUAAUUAAUCUGAAAAUAACAUAUAGAAUUAAUAUAAUUAAUAAUAAAGCUAGUUAUAGAAGUAUUAAAAUUCUCAAAAUCUAGGUAUUUAGAAUUAAAAGCUAUUAAGCAAUCACAACAAAAAUAACUCUGUAUCAUGCUUAAAUUGA